UCAAAACUAUUCGCAACCUGGCCUUGGCAUGGCGAUCUUUGCAACUGUUGCUGACUUUGCUUCCUCGUCUUAACACACACUUCUCUGCCUUGUUGAGACCAGCUGUUGUUACAAAGAAUAUAGAGCAAGUUACUCGUGAAUACCGAGAACAUUGUGAAGCGAUAGAAUUGUAGGUGUGAUGAGUGACACUCUCGAGCGCCAAUUUGCAUCGUGGGAGGCACGGUCUCCUGUGCCUUCCCCAGCUUUCAAUGGUAUUCUGAAAGCAGUUUCAAAGUUGCAUGAAGCUGUUUCAGGUGUUUUGCCUCCGCAGCAGAUGUACAAGUUAUUUGAGAAGAUCACAUCUGUCCUGAAGGAAAAAUUAAAAGUUCACCUUGUGAGGCUCAAUGUGUCCUCUGUAGGACCCAAGAGCUGGGUGGUUACAAGCGAGCUGACCUUUUACUUCAACCACCUUGAGAGUCUAGGAUUGGGUGGCCUUGUGUCCCAAGAAGAAUUCACCAGUGGGUUGUGGCCAGCACGCUAGUGAUGUUUUACACAAUUGCAGCUCAAACUUACACAUAAAAGUGAUACAUUUAGCCUGAAAUCCAAAUUUUCAAUGAUU